AUGCUUAUGUCCACAGCAAAGUACAUUGAAAAAGAAUUAUCGGCUAAUCCAAUUCUUUUGAAAUUUCCCUUAUAUUUUAAAAUCUUUGCAGAUAGUCGCCCUUUGCGCUGGUCCCGGCGCCGUGAUUUUCGGUGUCUCAAAUCCGCCUGUUUCACCGGAAAACGAACCAACGGACAAAAUUGUCAGCCAGCGUGUUCUCUUUGCACCAUCCUCGGUAUGUCACCGGCUCCGCAGCAUUUUAAGUACGGUAUGUUGUGUCUCUCGAUCCAGGAGUUCCACUCGGCUUCCAAGCUCGCCAGCAAAUCCAUCAUCCUGGACGUCGAGGGCCAGCCAAGGUCGGAGACGAUGGACGCCGACGAGGAGGCUAUGCAACAUGCGUUGGAGAAGGUGCCUGCUCAGCGUAAAAUGAGUGCCACUGAUCCCCCGCUUGUGACUGUACCCAUCACUAAUCUGAUGCCCGGAACAAAUUACACCUUCGAGUGGUCUUCGGCCAAUCAAUUCAGUCUGACAACCACUUCGCAAUUCACGACCAGUACUGCGCCCCUGGCGCCACCCCUGAAGCCGACACACUACAUCUUUCUGAUGCCUACCUCACAUCACCUUCGCGUGGCUGUCUUCCUGGAUGAUCCCUGCCCCUAUGAGAAUGGGGGCCGCGCAGAACUGGGAAACAUACUGAUUCGCUAUCGCAGGGCCGCGCGCAGGAAUCGCGACAAACCCAACAGCCCCUUCAUCGGCUAUGGCAACUGGUCAGAGUCACAGGUCUGUAUUAAGAACCGACCCAAGAACGUGGAUCCCCUCUCAGAGGUUGAUGUGGCCAUCGGGUCGGAUGUGAGCCGUGUCCUCUGGUCUGGUGAUGAGGCCAUUCAAUGUGAACUCAGGGUUGAAAACACGGCCGUGGAAUAUGAGGUCGCGGUUGCAACCACCAAUCGCUUCGGCAUGUCUCCCUGGUUGCCGGCUAUUUAUCGUCCCGAAGAAGCUGUCCGUUCGGCGUAUCUGUACCGAUCAGCGGCGUGCAGGAUGCAGAACUUCAGGAUUGUCUAUGUCCUUUGCCUCCUCCUUCCCCUGUUUGAGCUCCUUUAA